AUGUUAGAAAUAAUAUCUAAUACUGGCUUAAGUGGUGCUAAACCCGUUGCUACACCAUUGGAAGCUAAAUUGAAGCUCACCACUGUGGAUUAUGAUGAGCAUGUCGGAGUACAAGGAGAUGAGAUUCUACAAAAUGUUGAUAUUUACCAGAAGUUAAUUGGGAAGUUGAUUUAUGUGACCAUCACAAGAACUGACAUUUGUUUUGUAGUACAACUGUUGAGUAGUUUAUGCAACAUCAAAAGCAAUCACAUCGAAGCUGCCAUGAGACUUGUAAGGUAUCUUAAAGGUUCACUGGGAAUGGGAAUCCUUAUGAAGAAGGGACCAGUUGACCAGCUUGAAGCAUUUUGUGACUCUGAUUGGGCUUCAUGUCCCAAUACAAGAAACCUGUGA